GCUCGAAGAUGGGGAUACGCGCGGUUCGCAGAUGCUUCGACUGUUCGGGGUUGGGAUUGAAGAUCGCGAUGGGGCCAGUUUGGACGCUGCGUUUUUCCGCAAAACGGGCAAGAUGUUCAGCGAAUUCAUCACCCAUGAUGUUGGACAGUGCGAUGUCGAUGUCGUUGCUUUCCUUUCCUAGAAGCUGUUUGCCGCACGAUGAGAGGCUAUUUCUAGAGGGACAACGUGACUGAGCGCACUUUAUCGCGUACCCAACCACCAGCAAUGCGGCAUGUAUUGUCGAUGCCCUUCGCUUCCUGCAGAUCGGCGCAGCAGUCAUCUAUGAAUGUGCAAAGCUCGGCUUCGACGGGUGUGAGUUGGAUGUUCGUGUUUCCAGAAAAUUUGAAGAUGGGUAGGGAAGCCAUGGCACGUAUAUGAGAUGGGGAAAUACUUCGUAAGUACAGUGGAUGCUUCCAACCCAGACGCGUGAGCAUGCGACGGAGCCUUUGAAGUCCCAGUUUAGAAGGGAACUAAGCAGCAACUUGAGCCGGCGGCCGGCAACUUAGGCACAGCCACAAUCACAUCUGCGCUCUGACUCGAGCUUGCACCGUGGUUUCCCCUUAGAAUAAAUCCCCUCGUCUCACUUGACGUACUACCUGCGUGACUAACUCUAGCUCGAACGUUUGCGAGAUGUCUACCUUCGAGAAAACUAUAAAAGACGGGCGGAACGCGUUCAGAUUCGCUGUUCCCGACAUGAACAGCGUCACACCGUUCCCCGACUUUGACGACGCGGAGAAAGUCCGCCAAUACAUCCAAGAUCGCCGUGUCAUCGGUUACGAUCCGCUCGUGCAACCUGCCCUCCUUCUGCACGAGAUUGUUUCCUCGUCGGACUCCCAAAAGACCAUCGCGUCGGCGCGCUACCAUGCGGCCCAGAUCGUUGCGGGGCACGACGAUCGCAUUCUGGUGAUCGUUGGCCCUUGCUCGAUCCAUUCUCCCGAGCAGGCUUUGGAGUACGCAGGGUUGUUGAAGGCGAAGUUGGCCAGCUGGCCUAACCUGCUUAUUAUCAUGCGCGCUUACUUCGAGAAACCUCGGACGACGGUGGGGUGGAAGGGAUUGAUCAAUGAUCCCGAUAUCAACGGUUCGUUCAAAAUCAACAAAGGCCUCCGCAUCGCCCGGCAGCUUUUGUGCGACAUCACCGACUCUGGAGUUCCCGUUGGACUGGAACUGCUCGAUACGAUAUCGCCCCAGUACCUGGCUGACUUAAUAUCGUGGGGCGCCAUCGGUGCUAGAACUACGGAAUCGCAGCUGCAUCGAGAGCUUGCAUCGGGCGUCUCCUUCCCGGUCGGAUUCAAGAAUGGGACAGAUGGCAGCGUGACUGUGGCGAUUGACGCGAUGCAUUCAGCGGGAUCGCCGCAUGCGUUUAUGGGUGUCACGGAGCAAGGUCUUGCGUCGAUCGUCAAAACACGGGGCAACCAGGACGUCCAUGUUAUCCUUCGUGGCGGAACCAAGGGUCCCAACUUUGCCAGUCAGUUUGUCAAGGAGGCGACUCAGUCGAUCUUGAAGAAGCGUGAACGUGCCAGCGUUAUGGUGGACUGCAGUCACGGAAACUCCCAAAAAAACCACAAGAAUCAGCCGCUUGUGAUUGACUCUAUCUGCGAGCAGCUAGCCGCAGGAGAACAGAGCAUCACCGGGGUCAUGAUCGAAUCCAACAUCAACGACGGUCGGCAAGAUGUUCCCAGCGAAGGCGCACAAAAUCUCAAAUGGGGAACUUUUCUCGCCCACGACCAACAGUACUCUACUGGCGUCGUCUCCCUUCCCCGACCUCGUUCAACGCCGACCGAUCUAACAUGGGAAACGUUACCAGCUGUUGCGAAUCUUGUUACAUACGAGCCAUUGCUGUUGGAGAACGAGCGGGAGGCAGUAGCUGACUUGCUGCAGUACCUGGAGAACCGGACGACAACCAACUUCUUCACCGGUUCACCUCUAUCGGCACUCACUAUACUCUCCUUCUCCGACAAUGUCGACCUUCAGCGCAGUGCUGCUUUGGCUUUUGCAGAGAUCACCGAGAAGGAAGUCCGCCCAGUGGGCCGCGACACCCUCGACCCUAUCCUUUUCCUUCUCAGCAGCCACGACACCGAGGUCCAGCGGGCAGCGAGUGCGGCCCUGGGCAACCUGGCCGUCAACACUGAUAACAAGCUUCUCAUCGUGAAGCUUGGGGGCCUCGAGCCAUUGAUUCGCCAGAUGCUCAGUCCGAAUGUUGAAGUGCAGUGCAAUGCCGUCGGAUGUGUUACUAACCUCGCAACCCACGACGACAACAAGACUAAGAUCGCCAAGUCGGGCGCACUCGUUCCUUUGACGCGCCUCGCACGGUCGAAGGAUAUGCGGGUCCAGCGGAAUGCGACGGGAGCUCUGUUGAACAUGACGCAUUCUGAUGAGAACCGGCAGCAGUUGGUCAACGCGGGUGCCAUCCCCGUUCUAGUCAGCCUGCUCAACUCUCCUGAUACCGAUGUGCAAUAUUACUGCACGACUGCUCUCAGCAACAUUGCUGUAGACGGCAACAACAGGAAGAAGCUGGCUCAGACAGAGCCCAAACUGGUCGCGUCCUUGGUUACUCUUAUGGAGAGCCCUAGCCUCAAGGUCCAGUGUCAAGCCGCUCUGGCCCUCCGCAACCUGGCCAGUGAUGAGAAGUACCAACUCGAAAUCGUCAAGGCUGACGGGCUGUUGGCUCUGCUUCGACUGCUUCAAUCCACAUAUCUUCCUCUCAUUCUUUCGUCUGCUGCCUGCGUUCGCAAUGUGUCGAUCCAUCCCCAGAACGAGUCACCUAUUAUCGAGUCUGGUUUCUUGCAACCGCUCAUCAACCUGCUGUCAUUCAAGGAGAACGAAGAGGUACAAUGCCACGCCAUUUCCACUCUUCGGAAUCUUGCGGCUAGCUCCGAGAAGAAUAAGACGGCCAUCGUCAAGGCGGGCGCCGUCCAAUCGAUCAAGGAUCUAGUGCUCGAGGUGCCGAUGAAUGUCCAAAGCGAGAUGACGGCUUGUGUCGCUGUUCUCGCAUUGAGUGACGAUCUCAAGGGCCAGCUGCUCGAGAUGGGUGUUUGCGAGGUCCUCAUCCCUCUAACGAACUCGCCCAGUUCUGAAGUGCAGGGCAACAGCGCUGCUGCUUUGGGCAACCUGUCAUCUAAAGACGGCCGAAGCUCUACCGAGGACUACUCGGCUUUCAAUGACGUUUGGGAGAAGCCCGAGGGUGGAAUGCAUCGGUACCUUCACCGCUUCCUGACAAGCUCAGAUGCGACAUUCCAGCACAUUGCCGUCUGGACCAUUGUCCAGUUGCUUGAGUCGGGAGAUCCUGUGUUGAUCAAUAACAUCCGGGGUUCUGCGCUGCUCAUUCCGAAUAUCAGGCAUCUGGCCAGCUCGCGAGCUUCGUCACACAGCUCGGCCGGUGGAACACCAACAUCGCAUCGUUCUCAGAGCCAGUCGUAUCAGGACACGGAGACCGGUGAGGGCCAGGGCGAGAUUCAGCAGCUGGCUCGCCGGAUCAACGAGAUCCUAGAAGGGGACGACAUGACUGUUGGGAGCCUGCCGGCGGGAUCCCACAUUCAGCCUGGCUCGUUUGACAGCUCGACGGAUGAACUGCGACGAAGCGUUCGGGAAGCAUUUGCGCCUAGCUCACAGCGGUGAUAUGGAUUCUGAUCAUCUUUUCCAUUUCUAUGCCUGUUUUUUUACUGCGUGCUGUGGGUGUAGUGGUUCCCGAACGAUUUAUCUGAAAUCCUGUCGACGUUUAGUACUUAAUUAUCACAUUCCUUUGUAUUACCUUGAUAUCUUCCUUCCUUCUCUUUGGUUAUAUAUAUCAGUCGUCAACGCCGCUUUUCAUGAUUCGUGUAUACGCCCUUCGUAUGACAUCUUAUGCCAGUUUACGCCAGGAAAGGUGAAAU